CCUAUCAAUGAAUGGUCCCAUUUUACAGGUAACCGGAAACGCCGCCAUUUCAGGUGAGAGACUGUUUCGAAAAUGACUCUACUCCGAAGAUUUUUGUGUUGGGAUCUUCGAACAGCGACUGUAAUCGGGUACAUUACUACCACGGUCACAGCCAUAUUUGCCUUGCUGAUGAGGGCUUUGGAUGUCUCCGCCAUCGCAAAUUAUGAUUUCGAGAUCAGCCAGGGUUUCCACACAGCAUGGAGAUCUCAUCAGUGGCAGGCCUUCCUGGCCAGUGACGUUAUCCUGCUUGUCUUCCACGUCGGCAUCAUCAUCUUCUCAGUGUACAUGUCCGUGAUGGUCUCAAACCGGCACUUUGUGAUGUACAUGAGGGAGACUAGAUGGUACCUGUACUUCAUCAUCUCAUAUGUCUUCAUCGAGUUCUGCUUCUCUCUCUUCGAGUUCUCCUACUAUGGACUCAACACCUUCAGACUUUCCUUUGUGGUGUUCUUGUGGCUGUACUGGCUUGUGAAGACCUGCAUCUACAUAUGUUUCUCAUGUGUGCUGUACUCGAGAUAUGAGCAGAUGGCAGAUGAAAUGGCGAUGGAGCUUCGGUUCUCUGAGAAGAAGUACAGUCACUCCUACGCAUAGACACCUAGUGUCUCGGUGACCCUGGGACAUUAUUACAAGGAAAUUGUUUCAUGAUCAGCAAGUUCCACUUAUUGAUAUCUUGCCAUUCUGUCUUUUGGACUCUGCCAGAGAGUGAAGAACAUAAGUAAACUUUGGGCUAUGUUGAAAAUGUAUUAUUGGGCAUGUGAUAUUAAUAUUGAAGGUGUUAAAAUUACAUUCAUUUCCUUGCCUUUUUCUUGACCUAAAGAAUAGAAGAGUAAUAUUUGGGACAUUCUGUGAAAUUAUCAGCGAUUGUUAUUUUUUUCAGCAAAUAAGAUACAUUCUGGUUGGGUCUAUGUUUAAGGGGAACUAAUGUGAUGAAGGUUUAAUAUACAAACAUCAUCUAGAACAUGUAGAAAGAUCUGAGAAAAUUGCUGAAAUUUUUAUUACAACUGACUUUAGUGAGCAGCAAAUAACAUGAUACAUUCCUCUUCAUUUUGAAUAUAUGAUUGCCAAUAUAUUAAAUACUGAUACAUAGGUUUAGUUUGAACUUGUACAUAAUUCAUUACAGACUAGUUAUCGUGGUUAUCAGAGAAUAAGUUUGCAUUGUAAAUUAAGAUUUCUUCAUUUGUUUGUACUCCCUUUAGUAAAGUCAAAGCUAUUGUCAUGUAAAGCUUGUCCAGAAUAAGAACAAGUAAUGUCACAGCAUGUGUUUUUUUCAAAACACAAUAACAGUGCCUUGAACAAAUUUACGAAGUUAUUUUUUGUUAAGCAGGUGAAACUGUUCAAUUAAGUUCUACUCUAUGGACAAAACUAACAACAUCAAAAAGCCACCAGCCAAGCUAUGAUUGGUUAUCGUGGUUAGUAUUUAAAUACAUUUUGUUUUGUUUCACUGAUGGAAGAAGGAAAAUACGACAGUUAAAUGUGGUUAAUAUUAUCCAUAGCUUAUUGACUAAAUGCAUCUAAAUGGCUGUGGCAAUUAUCCACUCUUGUGAGUACAUGUUGAUGCAUGGGUUUUCUGUAAAAACAGUUGGAUUAAGUUGGUUUCUUUUUAUCAGUGACAGGAAUAAGAAACUUAUCUCUGAGAAGGACAGGUGGUGUGACAGUUAGGAGAGGGACAGGAUGAAGUUGUACAUAGUAUUCAUCACUGAUUCAUCCAUGUUUCAUAUAACCUUUGUACAUAUGGCACUUUAGAUGCAGGUUCUUUAUAACCAUUGUAAGAAAAUUACACUUUAUGUGUUUCAAACAGAAAACCAGAUAUUUUCAUGAUUUUCAUUUGAUUAAUUUUGGUAAAAUUACUAAAUUGAAUUGACACGGUAGUGCAAGUUUCAUGUUGCUAAGUCUAUAUGUCAAGCAUGCUUCUUUUGUAUGAUUAUAUUCCAUUCAUGGAUCAUGGAUCAUAAUAUUGUCAAGAAUAUUUUAUACUUAAAUAGAAAUAAAUGUUUUAUAGAAAAUGA